GAUUGCUCGUCCUUUCGUGCAACAUCAUUUGCUGGCCGCUCAAAUGGUUUACCACAUACAAACGUCGACUCCAUGUCGACCUGGAAUUCCUGGCGUAUCCGAUCUCGUUUUUCCUGUCACGCCGACUUACCGAUUGCCUCAUUCAAUUCUGAAGAAGCAGCAGUUCUCCGCCUGCAGCAAUGACAUGAUCUCCAGUCAAACUUCGGACGCUAACACCAUCACCAGUGGAAGCUGUUCAAACUCUGAUGCGGCCAGACUAAGGAUCGCUCAACGACUGCUGACCACCAUGGCAGUUGCGACAGGUGUAUCAUCGGUGAUGAGUCUGCAAUUCUUCUUGCAAGUUGACUGGAAUAUGAUGGUCUCGAAAUUCCUCGUUCUCAAGGAGUUCUACCAAAUAGCCAGUGAAGUCGGCGAAACGUUGGAUAUUGCCGUUGUUAUAUGCUCUGUAUCGGCUUUCUUCAUCACUUUGCUGCAGUUGUUCUUCGUGCUCAAACUACAGAAAAGCAGUAAUAGUCCAACCAUCGCACUUGAGUAUCUUGAAAGGACCAGCUUUAUGAGACUGAUUAUCUAUUCAUUUUGGUUCUUUUCGGUGAUUCUGAUAAUAGCAGCUGUAUUACUCUACUGUGCGUUGAAUCCUUCCCGCGGUACAAUUUCCAAAGGAGUCGGUCUCUCGCUCGGCAUUUCAGCGAUGUUAUUCUGUAUUGUGGUAACAUUAAGAACAGUAUUGUUCUGGACGCAAUCACCAAUGUCAACGCCCAGCAUCGACAACUACAAGAACUUCUCCACUUUAGUAUAGCGAUCUAGAGUUUUUAUAAUGAUUUUUACAAUAUUAUGUAUGUUUUAAUUUGUGCCUUGUUCAUAUUGCCAUGAUCUCGCUCAUUCGUUCUGAUAUUCCAAUAGAUGACACGCUAAGGUAUGCGUAACCCCUCAUCCUUCUUCUUCACUAGCCGCAAGUCAUUUUCAUCCCUUGGACUGAUC